AUGGAGGACUUUCUGCUCUCCAAUGGGUACCAGCUGGGCAAGACCAUUGGGGAAGGGACCUACUCAAAAGUCAAGGAAGCACUUUCCAAAAAACACCAAAAAAAAGUAGCAAUUAAAAUUAUAGACAAGAUGGGAGGGCCAGAAGAGUUUAUCCAGAGAUUCCUGCCUCGGGAGCUCCAGAUCAUCCGUACCCUGGACCACAAGAACAUCAUCCAGGUGUAUGAGAUGCUGGAGUCUGCUGACGGGAAAAUCUACCUGGUGAUGGAGCUGGCUGAGGGAGGGGAUGUCUUUGACUGUGUGCUGAAUGGGGGGCCCCUGCCUGAGAGCCAGGCCAAGGCCCUCUUCCGUCAGAUGGUCGAGGCCGUCUGCUACUGCCAUGGCUGUGGUGUGGCCCACCGGGACCUCAAGUGUGAGAAUGCCUUGUUGCAGGGCUCGAACCUGAAGCUGACUGACUUUGGCUUCGCUAAGGUGUUGCCCAAGUCACGUCGGGAGCUGAGCAAGACCUUCUGCGGCAGCACAGCCUAUGCCGCCCCCGAGGUGCUGCAGGGUAUUCCUCACGAUAGCAAGAAGGGUGAUGUCUGGAGCAUGGGUGUGGUCCUGUAUGUCAUGCUCUGUGCCAGCCUACCUUUUGACGACACAGACAUUCCCAAGAUGCUGUGUCAACAGCAGAAGGGGGUGUCCUUCCCCACUCAUCUGGGCAUCUCGGCCGAAUGCCAGGACCUGCUCAAGCGGCUUCUGGAACCAGACAUGAUCCUCCGGCCUUCAGUUGAAGAAGUUAGUUGGCAUCCAUGGCUAGCAAGCACUUGA